AUUUGAAUUUUUUUUUUUGAAUAAUUGUCAUUUGUAUUUGUCAAAUUUGAACAUAAAAAUUCUUGUAAACUUAUCAUUAUUUAAGCAAAAAUGGGCGAAACAGCAGAAAAUUUGAAUUAUGAUUGCAACUACAACAUGUUUCUGGCAAAGAUUAUGCUCUCUAAUUUACCCACGAAUGAAGAUAGGCAAAAAGCGAUUAAAUGGAUGAAAAAAUUAACAAAUUGUAAUAGAUCCAUUGAAGAGAUGAAGUUACGGAAUGACUUUAUGUAUUAUUUAGUCGUUAAUAUUCAACAAGGUGAACUACAGCCUCCUUUUACAGAAAACCCUCCCUCUAGUACCCUACCUAACAUCGCCCAUCUUUUGCCGGGCGGUAUAGCAGAAGCGGAAGCUCCAGAUGAUGAGAAGCCGCCUACUAAACAACCAAUGUUGUAUGAAAAAUCUCCAGACGGUGGAGCAUUUUUAGCAGCUCAACCUGUGCCGCGAUGUGGAGCGUUUUGUUAUUUGGCCGUAGUGGCUAGAGAUCCGAAAUCUAGGGACUGAUGUUGAUUCAUUUAUGUAGUAACGCGUUAAUAAUAAAUAAUGAAAUUUUAAGUAAA